AUGGCUACCGAGAAGACCCAGAAGCCCUCCCUGGGCCGCGUCCUCGUCGUGGGCGGCUGUGGCUUCCUGGGCCACCACAUGGUCAACGUAGCGCUUCGCGACUGGACCACGAGCGCCGUGUCCGUCGUCGACGUCCGCUGCCAGCGCAACCGGCGCCCCGAGUCCGACGGCGUCGAGUACGUCGAGGCCGACAUUACCGAUGCCGACAACCUCGCCAAGGUCUUUGGCCGGCUGAAGCCCGACGUCGUUAUCCACACGGCCUCGCCGCCCGCCCAGGCCAGCGGUGCCGUCUCCGAUGAGCUGUUCCGCAAGGUCAAUGUUGAGGGCACCCGGGCUGUGGUUGCGGCUUCCCAGCAGAGCGGUGUCAAGGCUCUGGUAUUCACGAGCUCGGCCAGCAUCAUCAGCGAUAACCGGAGCGAUCUCAUCAAUGCCAAUGAAAACUGGCCCGUCAUUAGGGGAAAGAACCAGUCAGAAUACUAUUCUGAGACAAAGGCCGAAGCGGAAUCCAUAGUCCUUGCCGCCAACCGCGCCGAAGCGUACCCGAACCUCCUCACCGCCUCGAUCCGGCCGUCUGGAAUCUUUGGCGAGGGCGACGUUCAGGCCGUCUACCACAUUGUCAACAUCUACGAGCAAGGAAGGACGGGCGUCCAGGUGGGACCCAACACCAACAUGUUCGACUUUACAUAUGUCGAGAACGUGGCGCACGGACACUUGCUGGCGGCGCGGGCGCUGCUCUUGACAGCACAGAGCAAGACGGUGCCCCUGGACCACGAGCGCGUCGACGGCGAGGCCUUCUUCAUCACGAAUGGUGAGCCCGUCUACUUUUGGGACUUUACCCGCGCCAUCUGGCGCGCCGCCGGAAGCGACAAGGGCACCAGCCACGUCUGGGAGAUGUCACGCGAGCUGGGUCUUGUGCUCGGCUUCCUGAGCGAGGUUGCCUUUGGCAUCAUGCGCAAGCCGCCCACUUUCAACCGCCAGAGAAUCAUCUACAGUUGCAUGACGAGGUAUUACGACAUUUCCAAGGCUCAGAGGAGGCUUGGCUACAAGCCGCUGGUGAGCCUGAGCGAAGGCGUCAAGAGGGCGGUCCAGUGGACUUUGGACCAGAAGCAGGCCAAGGCGGCGGCAGCAAAGAACUAA